GGCGCAGGCCAACACAACUCGCUCGUUCCCAACUCAUGGAGACUCCUCAACCAGUCGUCUUCCUCACACUCCUCUCCUUUCUCUUGUGCUGUUGCCGCUUGGACCUUCAAGCUUCAGCUCAUGAAAACCUGCUCUUCACGUCACUCAACUCUUCUUCUUCUUCUUCUUCUUCGUUGAGAGAAUACGUAGUUAGGAGGGCCAAGGAUGCGAGCGUGUCGGAUUGGAUGAAGAAGAUUAGGAGGGAGAUCCACGAGAACCCUGAGCUCGCUUACGAGGAAUUCGAGACGAGCGCGCUCGUCAGGCGCGAGCUCGACCGGCUGGGCGUCGCUUACCGGUGGCCUGUAUCCCGGACGGGGGUCGUGGCCACGGUCGGAUCGGGCUCUCCACCUUUCCUCGCCCUCAGGGCUGACAUGGACGCCUUGCCGAUUCGGGAGUUGGUGGAGUGGGAGCACAAGAGCAAGGUGGACGGGAAAAUGCAUGCUUGUGGCCAUGAUGCUCACGUCGCCAUGCUACUUGGAGCUGCAAAGAUAUUGCAGGAAGUCCGAGACCAUUUGCAGGGAACGGUGGUCCUUAUAUUCCAGCCGGCCGAAGAGAGCGGCCGAGGCGCCAAGGAUAUGAUCCGAGAAGGUGCCCUCGAGGGCGUAGAAGCCAUCUUUGGCUUGCACUUAGUCAACCAGUACCCAAUCGGGGUUGUCGCGUCACGGCCCGGGGAAUUCCUAGCUGGUUGUGGCAGUUUCAAGGCUAGGAUCAAGGGAAAAGGGGGUCACGCGGCGAUCCCACAUCUCUCGAUUGACCCGAUUGUGGCCGUUUCGACUGCGGUGAUCAGCUUGCAGAACAUUGUUUCCAGGGAGGUAGACCCUUUGGACUCCCAGGUAGUUUCGGUAGCGAUGAUACAGGGCGGGACCGCAUUCAACGUGAUCCCCAGCACGGCCACGAUUGGCGGGACUUUCCGAGCUUUUAGAAAGAAGAGCUUCUAUGGACUAGGAGAAAGAAUAGAAGAGGUGAUAAAAGCGCAGGCAGCGGUGCACCGCUGCACCGCGGAGGUCGACCUAGAGGGGAACGAACACCCCUCGAUCCCGCCAACGGUGAACGAUGAGAGGAUCUACAAGCAGGCCCAUCGCAUCUCGAUCGAGGUUGUUGGGGAAGAGAACACGGUGCUGUCUCCUAGUUUUACCGGGAGCGAGGAUUUCGCCUUCUAUUUGGACGAGGUCCCGGGGUCCUUCCUCUUCCUAGGCAUCAGGAACGAGAAGAUCGGGUCCGUCCACCCUGCGCAUAGCCCUUAUUACUCUAUCGAUGAGGAUGUGCUCUCGAUUGGGGCCGCAAUACAUGCCGCGUUUGCUCUUUCAUAUGUUUCCGAUUCUACAAGGACAGCGAAUUCAGACCGCUAAAGAAGCGUUGUUAAUACAUGAACUUAUAUGUGUUCAUACAUGUACUUUGCUUUUUGCUUGUUCCUUGCAUGUUCUAUGGAAAUUUCUCCAACAUGUUUUUGAGAGAAUGAGAUAUCGGUUUCGACCGAGGAUUUGGCCUUCUUUUGCGAAUUCGAUCGCACGAACCAUACCAAAAACGAAUGAUUCCAUUGUUCCGUUUCCAAA